CUUGUGCCUCUGAAUUUCUUGAAGUGGCCAGGUCCACCCAUAUUGUCUAUUGGGAAGAGCGAUAAUAACCACUGCACGAGGCUGCUACAAGCCAUUACUGCACGUCUACUGCGACAAAGCUGGCGUUACCUGUUCGCCAACCUCUGCAGGGGUAAUUAAUCGUCAACUACCUCCCCCUCGCGCAACAUUCACUCUGCCGGACGCGUCUCGAGGAGCCAUUGUGCCAUCGCAACAAUUCGCAGACGCUGCGCAUCGCCUCGAUUAUUCCUGAAGUGCCGCGGCGACCUGCACACGUCUUGCAACCGACAGGAUGGACCCGAAGCGCAAGGUCAAUGGUGGAAGCACAGGGGCUGCAGAUGCGGAUGAUCGUGCUGCGAAGAGGAGAAAGCUUCCCUCUGAUGACACUAGCAUUCCCUUUGAAGAGACCCCGGAAACCACCACUGAAUACGGCCUGAGAUUUUUGGACACAGUCAAGAAGACUGUAGACAAAGCUGGAAGAAACAUCGCGACAGCCUUCUUAACCCUUCCCAACAAACGACAACUUCCCGACUAUUACAAAUUCACAAAGCUACCAAUCGCACUGGAUACAAUAGAGGAGAAAUUGGUAAACCGCAAGUUCCCAACCCUCACCUCUCUGGAAGGCGACUUCAAGCGCAUGAUAUCCAAUGCCAAGGAAUACAAUCAGAAAGGCUCGGUGAUAUAUGAGGAUGCUGAGCGAAUGAGAAAGGUCUUGAGCAAUUUUAUGACGAAGAACAACCCAGUUUAUAUAACAACACCGGGAUUCGUCACAACCCCUACACCGCUGCCUGUUGAAGGAGUAGCUAGCAAUGAAGGUGCUGAAAGAGACCGAGAGCCUGAAGUUGAAGCUGAACCUCAACCUUCAGCGGCAAAGAGAAGUCGAGGUCGCCCUCCAAAGAAUCCCCAAGCCCACGCUUUGAGAAAUAGUAUGACUCCAGCUACAGAGUUACAAUAUGCAGGCGUUGGCUAUUCAGGCCUUAAUUUCCAACAGGCACAGGAGAAGAUUAUGGAAGACAUAAUAAACUAUCAAGAGGAUCCAAAGGAUGAGAUUCCGGCUUUCGGGGAUUUUAUUGAACUUCCGCCACGUUCUUUGAAAGACUACUAUAGAACCAUUUCCUAUCCUGUCUCUCUCGCGCAGAUUCAGAAGCGCGUCAAGGGCUCCCGUGGAAAGAAUGACUCUUCAGGUGUCUCGGACUUCAAGACCUGGGCUGCGUUCGAAGAGGAGUUUAGCCAUAUCUGGAACAACGCUUGGCAUUACAAUGAAGAUGGCAGUGAGAUUUCAGAACGAGCAAAACAAUUACAGACCUUUUUCUACAAGGAAUUACAAGAAGCGAAGCAGGCCGUGCCGGAGUCGGCAGGUCCAAAGAUCAAGCUUAAGAUGUCUAACCCCGAGCCUACGCCUCGGAUUACUCUAAAGUUUGCUGGGAAAGCCAGUCCUCGAGACUCUCCUGCGCCACAGCCCAACGGCUCGAGUAACAACGCAAUUCCGGUGAACGGUACAGGCCGUAGAAAUCCAUUUGGGGGUUCCCAUGCCUCUGCAACGCCAGUCCCGAGUCUCGAUCAGCUUGAGAGGGCGAGAAGUGUAUCAGGCUCCGCAGCGUCUCCUACACCAUCGAAUGCUGCACCUGUUAAGACCGAAGAUGUGGCAAGAAACUCUCCUGCUACUGCUCCAGGACAUCGCUCCGGGAGCCAGGCAGUGGCAACCCCAGGUUUGAAUGGGAGUACUAUGCCACCGCCGUCGACACCUGGUCUUCCGCAUUUGCACACUCAAACCACACCCAGUGGAUAUGCGCAGUCUUUCAACCACAACACUCAAUACCCCACAGCCAACUUGGGCCUCGACUCUAAAUGGAGACCACCUGGCAAAACGGCUGCCGACGCCAUGAUCACAAAUUUGAGCAUCGCGACCCAUCCGGGCCUCAAUAUCUCAAAACACUUGCGUAUGGAUGUGCCACCAUCGCCGACCAUGACCCAACAGUCUAUUACUAUUCAUCUCCCUUCGACUCACUACUACCUCCAAAUCAAGCCAACAAUCGCCGCCUCCCUCCUCGAACGUCAACACAAGUUGUUUGUCACGAGUGGAACUCAGCGAUUGCACACUAUGCCAACUAUACCGGGCCAUUCUGCUGAUCCACGACGCCCCCUAUUUGAAGCUCGCCUUCUUCCCGGUGUCAACCGAAUCGAGAUCGAAUUAAUCGCUGCUCUACCUAAAGGUGCACCAAAGCCCGCCAACGGACUAGAUGCAGAACUAGAAAAGAUCACCGUGUUUGCAAAUCUCUUGAGAUAGUGAUGAAGGGAUGGGUACAUAUGAUUGCACGCUUGUUUGGGGGUGCACAGAUGGCGUUUUCGUGGGAUUCAGCAAUCAGUGGUUGGGAUGGAGUAUCUGGGUCUUUAUGGCGAAGGGCUAUGGGGUUGUACACUAGUUAGCAUAGUCAGGUGUCUGAGUCUACCGCCCUGUUACUGUAGAUAUCCCAAUAUAAGCGGCCUCCCUUCACUUGCUGUUUGCCAUGCCGACAACCAUGACAGGUAGUGGCUGACUGUUGCCCGAGGGGUGGUGCCUAACGUAUUAAGUCAUAG